AUGACCAUAUCAGCCCCGCCGAAGCCUCGCAAAUGGAUCCAGCAGCGCAUCGAGUCUCUACAUCCAGAUGUCGACUAUGAAGAGAUAUGGCGCCUGACAUCGAGCUACGGGCUUACGGGCUUUACCCAAAACCUCGUCUAUGCGAUAACCUUUCCCAAUUUUAUCGUCACUCAGCAGGGAGCCGAGGCUGUCUGGCGAUCCGAUGGCGGGAAGAUACUCUGGAAAGCCACGCAGAGGGUGGAGCAAACGGCCAAUAACAACGCCAUCUGGUGGUGGUAUGGUCCCAGUAAUCCCAUCACCAAGAAAUCCGUCAGUCACAUCAACAAUGUUCAUGCGUACUGGGCGCAAAGGUACCCGGGCAACUUCUCUGAGAACGAUGACUACCUCUAUACCUUGACAUACAGCGCGGCCGCAAUCCACCGUCUCAUGGUCAAACUCGGGCUCCCUGGCUUCACUGACAAGCAGAAAGCGGCCGCGGUGAACUUCUGGAGGGAGCUAGGCACGCUCUUCAUAGUCCCGGAGGGGGACAAGCGCAUCCACAGCUUCCCUGGCAGCUGGGACGAGCUCAUGGCGUACAAUCUCGCCUUCGAGUCCAACAUGAGAGUCGGGCCGGAACGUGCGAAGCUCAUUGCAGAGGCGUGCUUCGACCAGUUCGCGUUCAGCUACUUCCCGCGGGGCCUCCGGUGGCUGGGUCGCAGGAUCCCCAUCGCUCUCUCACUGCCCACCACGCUCAGGGCAUGCCAGAUCGAGCCCGUCCAUCCGGUCUUAUAUUUCCUCAUCACCUUGAUACUCGGUAGGGUGCUAUGGCUAGUGGGCAUGUUCGCGGCGGAUCCCACAGAGUCCUACUGGGAACAGCAGGAAAAGAUGACGGUCACGGAGAAGCGAGAGAAAAUUGCUGCCCUUCGUAAGGAAGACGCCGAGUUUGCCCCGUGGUUUAUUGCACGCCAUAAAAGGGACAUUCCGGGAUGUCCGUUUCACAGUGCGCUGGGUCUAAACAAGAGUUCCGCCGGCUCUACCCUAAAGGAUUUUGCUAUCGAGAGGCACGAUAAGAAGGCAGCAUGA